AUGCAGGCGCUCAACAUCACCCCCGAGCGCUUCUCCCGGCUGCUGCGCGACCACAACCUGACGCGCGAGCAGUUCAUCGCGCUCUACGGGCUGCGGCCGCUCGUCUACACCCCGGAGCUGCCCGCGCGCGCCAAGCUGGCCUUGGUGCUCACCGGGGUGCUCAUUUUCGCCCUGGCGCUCUUCGGCAACGCGCUGGUGGUCUACGUGGUGACCCGCAGCAAGGCCAUGCGCACGGUCACCAACAUCUUCAUCUGCUCCCUGGCGCUCAGCGACUUGCUCAUCGCCUUCUUCUGCAUCCCGGUCACGAUGCUGCAGAACGUCUCGGACACCUGGCUCGGGGGUGCCUUCAUCUGCAAGUUGCUGCCCUUUGUCCAGUGCACCGCCAUUGUGACGGAGAUCCUCACCAUGACCUGCAUUGCUGUGGAAAGGCACCAGGGACUUGUCCACCCUUUUAAAAUGAAGUGGCAGUACACCAACCAGAGGGCUUUCACAAUGCUAGGUGUGGUCUGGCUGGUGGCGGUCAUCGUGGGCUCCCCCAUGUGGCACGUGCAGCAGCUGCAGAUCAAGUACGACUUCCUGUACGAGAAGGAGCACGUGUGCUGCUUGGAGGAGUGGACGAGCCCCGCGCACCAGAAGGCCUACGCCACCUUCCUCCUCGUCACGCUCUUCCUCCUGCCCCUGCUGGUCAUGCUGGUCCUCUACGGCAAAAUCGGCUACGAGCUUUGGGUCAAGAAAAGGGUGGGGGACGGCUCCGUGCUUCGGACUAUUCAUGGGAAGGAAAUGUCCAAGAUCGCCAGGAGGAAGAAGCGAGCCGUUGUUAUGAUGGUCACGGUGGUGGCCCUCUUUGCCGUGUGCUGGGCGCCAUUCCACGUGGUUCACAUGAUGAAUGAGUACGGUAAUUUCGAAAAGGAGCACGAUGAAGUCACUGUCAAGAUGGUCUUUGCCAUCGUGCAAAUCAUCGGCUUUUCCAACUCCAUCUGCAAUCCCAUCGUUUAUGCGUUUAUGAACGAGAACUUCAAAAAAAAUUUCUUGUCUGCAGUUUGCUGUUGCCUAGUAAAGGAACCCUGCUCCCCAGCGCAGAGGCCUGGGGACUCAGGGGUCACGAUGACGCGGAGGAAGGCAAAGCCAUGUGGGAGGCAGAACCCUGUAGAGGAGACCAGGGUGGAAGCCUUCAGCGGCGGCCACAUCGAGGUCAAGCUGUGCGAGCAGCUGCAGGGCCCCAGGAGCCUCAGGCGCCCGCUGGCCCUCCUCAGCCCCGAGCUCUUGGAGAGUCCUGCUCUGGGCAGUGGGCAUUAA